AUGUCUCAAUUACCACCACCAUAUUAUAACGAUGAUAAGAACUCAUUUGCAUUUCCAACAGUUCAUAAAAGAUGGCCAACUAUUUUAAAUGGAGCAAUUGAUGAUGUUCAAUUAACAAUUGAUGAAGAUUCAAAUUUAAAAGAAUCCGGAUCUAAGAUCAUAAAUCAAUUCAAACAAUUAUUAGAUGAUUUAAAAAAUGAUACAAAAGUUCGUGAAUUCAAUGAAAUAGAAAUCAAAGCCAACCCUGACUUAAAACAUUUCAACAAGAGUUUAGAAAAAUUCAAUCAACAAAAAGAAGUAACUUGGCAAACUGGUCCUUGGUUAUACUUGGAAUGUUAUUUAUAUCAAUACAUAAAUAAUUUUUUCAUAUUAAGUGGUGAAUCAUAUUGGCAUUCAUUUGAUAUUUUUCAAAGAUUAAAAACUAAAACUUUCAAACAAUCAGAAUUAGGAGUAUUAGAAUUAUGUAAAAGAUAUGAAUCAUUAAGUAAACAAUUAAAUAAAACAGAUGAAGAAACUUUACAUUUGUUAUUUAUUGAAUUUAUUGAUAUUUCAUUAUGGGGAAAUGCAACUGAUUUAUCAUUAUUAGCAGGUGAUGUAAGUUUAGAAGAUAUUAAAUCAGUUCAAGGAGCAGAAGUUCGUAAAAAAAAUGAAGAAAAAAUUAUUGUUAAUGAUUUAAAACAAGCAUGGAAUGAAACUAAUUUAAAACAAGGCAGUAAUUCAAGAAUUGAUAUUAUAUUAGAUAAUUCAGGGUUUGAGUUAUUUGCAGAUUUAAUUUUAAGUUUAUAUUUAUUGGACUCAAAUUUAACUAACGAAAUCCAUUUACAUUGUAAAGAAAUCCCAUGGUUUGUUAGUGAUACAAUGAUAAAAGAUUUUCAUGAUUUGAUUGAUCAAAUGAAAGAUAAGAAUUUUUAUCCAGAAAUAUAUAAAACCGAUCCAAAAGCUAUUGAGUUAGUUUAUUCAAAAAUUGAAAAUUAUUAUAAUGACAAAAAAAUCAUAGUGGAAUCUCAUCCAUUUUGGACUUUAGAUUACAAUUACUGGUUAAUUCCAGGAUUCAGUGACUUAUAUGACAAUUUAAAAAAAUCGAAAUUAAUAAUAUUUAAAGGUGAUUUAAAUUAUAGAAAAUUAACUGGUGAUUUACAAUGGCCAAAAACAACUACUUUCAAAGAAUCAAUUCAAGAUUUAGCUACUAGUGGAUUACCAAUAUUAUCUUUACGUACUUGUAAAGCUGAUGUUGUUGUUGGAUUACCUGAAGGAUUAGAAGAAAAAUUACAAAAACAAGCUGAUAAUUGGGCUACGAGUGGGAAAUAUGCUGUUAUAUCUUAUAACAAGUAA